UCCUUACCUUCUCUUGUUCUGCUCUCUACUGUCACGGUCUUUCUUAGUCAAGCACCAUUCCUUUUGCUUGUACGGUUCCUGCAAGUCAGCAGCCUCACUUCUUCUCUUUCCCUAUACUCUAUUCUUCAGUGAGCAACUGUGUCUGCCAACCAUUCGCGGAGUCGAUUUUCGCUCUUUUUCACAAACAGAACUACCUUCAUUCAGCCUUGAGAGAGACGCGUUGGAGAGAACAGAGUCAGAGCUUGGAAAACGACAAGACAAACAAUAAACUUGUCAAGCCGGAUCAAAUCCUAUCAUACACACCACCAACACCUCGCACGCACCACCGCCUCAAACCAUCGAAGAUGAAGGCCGCCACUGUUGCUCUCGGCCUCCUGGCCACCCUUACCACUGCCUACUCUCCUCACCGCCGCCUGCAUUUCCGGGCCCUGAACUCGACGUCGACCCUCUCAGCCGAGGCCGAUACGUCGUCGGAUGUGUCUUCGGGGGCGUCUCUGGGCACUGGCCUGGCUGCCGCUUCAGCCACCACCUUCCCCGUCGCUUCAGCCACUGCCUUCCCCACCGCAUUGCCCUCCAGUGCUCUCAGUGCCACGAACGGAACGCUCGGAGGCAUCACCACCCUUACCGUUGUAGCAACAUCCGUCCGCACCGUCACCUCCUGUGCUGCCACCAUCACGGAUUGCCCAGCAAACGCAAAGGACAGGGCUACUCUCCCCCCUGACGCUCUCUCAACGGUGAUCGUCACUGACACCAUCAUUCUUACCACCACCACCUGUCCCGUUACUGCAGCCUCUUCAAUCUCGUCCAGUGUCAUCUCGGUCCACAAGACUGGUGGCAUUACCGGGGUGACCUUGACCGCAUCCAAGACCAAGGCUGGCGCUGCACCUGCCCACAAGACGGUGACCUCGACUGCUGUAACCACGAUCUCCACUUUCAAGGUCGUUACGUUCACCCUAGGCGGAGGCUUUGACAAGACCGGCCGUGUGGUUACGACCACCAUCUUGUCCACUUUCGAGUCCACUGCUCUCGUCACUGUGACGGUUGACCACACCGGUGCCGAGGCAUCCAGCUCUGCUAAGGCGAUUGGUGUUGGCGCUUCCAAGGAUAAGGGCACCACCACCCAGACCAAGACGACGAUCGGCACUAGGACCGUCACCCUUCAGGGUGAAAAGACCGCGACUGUCGGGGCUGGCGGCAAUGCUGGUGGCAAUGCGGGUGGCAACGCUGGCUCCGACUCCGGCUGCGCCGCUUGCGAAUGCGCCGCCCAAGUCACUGUCACCAUGCCUGCUUCGACCGUCUUCAUCACCGUUACUGAAGCUGCUCCCAAGCCAACUCUCUUUAACACCAACAAUGUUGCAACCGGCGGCGACAAGGGCUCUGGGUCUAAGGCUGGCUCCGGCUCCGGCUCCAAGUCCCCCGCCGGGUCCGGCUCUGGACCCAACGCUGGUGAUGACGCUGGUGAUGAUGAUAGCGGCGACGACUUGGAUGACAACUGUGACGACGUCGAUGACGAUGGUGAGGACGCUGGCGACGACGAGGAUGGGGCGUGCCCCCCUGAUGCUACCGUCACCGAAUCGGGAGACUCACCUACUGGUGUUGUGACCGCCGAGAGGACGGCCACCGUCGUUCCCUUCCCCGUCAAUGGCACGGCCCCCACGACGUCCUCUGGGUCUGCCAGCCCGACGGUGGACUUGAAGGCCAGGCUCGUCUGGAACUGAGAGAUGGUCAAACUGUGUGGGAGCUGUUAGAGUCUGUCGACUUCGGCAUUUCGUUUCUUCCAGCUACGCGAGCAAGCGAUUAUGAGCAUAUGAUAUCCUCCUGUCCUUGGUAGCAUGGCAUGGCCUGUAUGUAUUAAGCAAUUUUUUUGCAUCUUGUUUGGAUAGACAUCGGCAAUCAACUGGCAUGGUCCCGGCCGGGCAUUUCCAUCAUAUUGGGGUACAUUCCUGGAGCCUUUACUAGCUUUUAACGUGCACUUGGACAGAACUUGGUUCUGGAGAGAGACAAAGCCAAAAGUGGUAUGUAUGAAUAAACAUGCUCGCGCCAGGUCAUCACGAAGCACACUCAAUAAUAAGGAUUGAUC